CUUCCGCCCUCUCUCGGACCGUAGUUUGUUUGAAGACUUCCACCAUGAGUCUCCAGUGGGCGGCUGUGGCCACUUUCCUCUACGCCGAGGUCAUCUUGGUCUUUCUCCUGUGCAUUCCCUUUAUCUCAGCAACAAGAUGGCAGAAAAUCUUCAAGUCCCGCUUGGUGCGCAUGCUGGUGACAUAUGGGAACACUUUCUUUGUCGUGCUGAUCGUCAUUCUUGUCCUUCUGUUUCUGGAUGCCAUUCGGGAGAUCCGGAAAUACGACGACGUGACCGAGAAAGUGAACCUGCAGAACAACCCCGGCGCCGUGGAGCACUUUCACAUGAAGCUUUUUCGAGCUCAACGCAACCUCUACAUCGCUGGCUUCUCGCUCUUGAUGUCCUUCUUGCUGAGACGUCUGAUCACUCUGAUCUCCCAGCAUGCCACCACCCUGGCCUCCAACGAAGCCUUCAAGAAGCAGGCGGAAGGCGCCAGCGACGCUGCCAAGAAAUACAUGGAGGAGAACGACAAGCUGAAGAAGGUAUCAGGCGGAGCCAGGGAUGGCGAUAGGGUUGACGUGGGAGAUCUGACUGCCAAAGGUGCCGGAACUCAGGAAGAGAACAAAGCUCUGGAGACAGAAGUCAGGAAGCUGAAGGAUGAACUAUCUUCCUCCAAGAGAGCCUUGGAGAAGGCCGAGAGUGAGGCGCUGGCGAUGCGCAAACAGGCCGAAGGGCUGACCAAAGAGUACGACCGGCUGCUGGACGAACACUCCAAGCUCCAGGCGGUGUGCGAAGGACCCAAGGACAAGAAGGAAGAGUGAUCCCCCGCAUCUGCUGUCCUGGCUA